UCAUUACACGUGAUCCUCUUCUGUAGACCAGGAAGUACCGAGUGCUACAAAUCACCACAAACAUCACUGAAACUGUAACAGCCAGCAACGUUGUGACAGUUUCCUGUCGCACGUGUUUUCUAUCGUAUUGUAAUAAUGGCGGAAGAGGUUUCCUGCUUGAAGGCACGGCUUAUGGAGAAAGAAAAAGAGAUAGUUGCAUUGAAGAAUAAACUGGCAUUAGAAAAGAACAGUUUGAUAGAUCUGCAGCUGCAGGAGAAAGUGACAACACUUCCACCUCUGAAACUCAAGGCAACCCUGUCCAAUGAAGACAUCAUGCGCUACAGCAGACAGCUUAUACUGCCAGAGUUUGGUGUACAAGGUCAGCUAAACCUCUCCCAGACAUCAGUGCUGGUUGUGGGGUGUGGAGGACUAGGCUGUCCCCUGGCACAGUAUCUAGCUGCAGCAGGAAUCGGGCGUGUGGGUCUUCUGGACUAUGACGAGGUGGAACUGAGUAACCUGCACAGACAGGUGCUCCAUGGAGAAGACAGCCAGGGACAGGCCAAGGCCCAGUCUGCUGCCCAUGCUGUCAGAAGGUUGAACUCCACAGUAGAAUGCAUUCCCUACCACCUCCAGCUGUCUCCAGAAAAUGCUUUACAGCUCAUCCAACAGUACGACAUUGUGGCUGACUGUUCGGACAACGUUCCCACCCGGUAUCUGGUGAAUGAUGCCUGUGUCCUCAGUGGCAAGCCCCUAGUAUCUGCCAGUGCCCUGAGAAUGGAGGGCCAGCUGACAGUGUAUAACUACCGUGGAGGCCCCUGCUACAGGUGCCUGUACCCAAAGCCUCCACCCCCAGAGAUGGUGACUAACUGCUCUGACGGAGGGAUCUUAGGAGUAGUGCCAGGGAUCAUGGGAUGCUUCCAAGCAUUGGAGGUCCUGAAGAUAGCCUCAGGACAGGGCUCUUCCUGUGGCCAACAGCUGUUGAUGUUUGACGCCCAGGAUGCCAAGUUCCGGUCCAUCAGGCUGCGGUCCAAGCAGGCCAGCUGUGCUGUGUGUGGAGAGAACCCCACUGUCACACACCUUGUAGAUUAUGAGAAGUUCUGUGGGUCUGCUGCCACAGAUAAGUGUCGAAGACUAAACCUUCUCUCCAAAGACCAGAGGGUAACAGUGCAGGAGUAUAAAUCUAUAGUGGACAACACAGCUGCUCAUCUCCUGCUGGAUGUUCGCCCUCUAGUGGAGGUAGAUAUAUGUCACCUACCCACCUCCCUCAACAUCCCUCUAUCCAGUUUAGAGGACAGAAAAAGUGAACAUAUCCGAGUGCUGAAGGAGAGAAUUGGCAGAGUGAAAGAGGAGAUGUUGAAUGAAUCCCAGGUCCCAGUAUAUGUGAUCUGUAAGCUGGGUAAUGACUCCCAGAAGGCAGUUCAGGUCUUGGAGAAGAUGUCAGGCUCUGAAGUGGACUUUGUCACUGUUAAAGACAUCUGUGGAGGGCUGAUGGCCUGGGCACAGAAGAUAGACCCCUCUUUCCCACAGUAUUGACUCAACGUCACAGGUUCUGCACUGUGGAUUCAUGACUUUGUUAAUAAACAUGUUCAUAAAUGUCAUCAUAGCGACCAUUUUUCUACCUUGUUUUAUGUAUGCUGGUUGCAUUGGACAUGGCAAAUAUGACAGACAGAUUAAAUUGCAGUUACAUCUUAAAGGUGAAAAGUGAAAGAAAUAGUCAUAUCUGCUGUUCAUGUUUUCUGGGCUGUAUUAUAUAUAUAUAUAACCUUGUUCCAGAUUGUAGAAUUUUUAUAACCCCAAUUCAUCGUGAAGGGGAUGCAUGGUAAUAUGUGUGUAUGUGUUAAUUCAUUAUGAAUUUUUAGCUAUUUGUUAUUACACAUCUAUACAUUCAUAAUGUGUUGCCAGUUUGGAUAGGAAACAAUGAGUAGCUGAUGCAUGUCAGCAUCCUCUCCAAAGCAAUAUUAGAAGCAACACUGCGACAGUGUAAAGAAUAAAGAAUGAUGACAUGU